AUGUCNACUAGAUAUCGUCAUCAAUCGUCACAAAAUUCAUCAUUAACAAUAGAUACGAGUCAAGCAAUAAAACGACGUACAAGUGCACAAGUAACACGAAUGCUUUUAGCUGUUACAUUAUCAUUAAUUAUAUUUAAUAUUCCAAAUACAAUCAUAUUUCUUUUUACAAGAAUUUAUGAUCCUCAACUGUCAUUACAUGGACGUUCAUGUUUCGAAGUUAGUGAUAGUGAUAUUAGAUUAUAUAAAAUAAGAUUUUAUUCAAGUGUUAUACAAGAUAUAUUAUCAGAUUUACCACAUAUUGUAAAUUUUUUUCUUUAUUGUUUAGCUGGAAAAAAAUUUCGAAGUAUUUUUCUAAAUCAAGUUCGUCUUUGUUUUAUUGAAACACAUUUAAUUAAACAAAAACGAAAACGUUUUACUGACAAUGGUAGUGUUUUUAAUCCUGAAUUAAGUUAUCCAGCAGGUUUUAAUUCUAGUCAAAGACGAAUAUUAUAUGCAAAUACUUCAUUAAAAUGUAAGAAAAUAAAUAAUACUUUAAAAAAUAAAUUAACUUUCGAUGAUGAAAAUCAUAAUGAAUUAAAAAAUACUAAUGAUGAAUUUAUUCAACCAGAUUAUUGA